UUGGUCUCAAUUCGUUGGGACCAUAGCCGAGAGCAUGGAAGUCCAGAGUCGGAGUCUAUGAGGCAUUGUGCAUUCUGAUACUCUACAGGACACAGCUGAGACCAAGGAACCUCGAGCAGUACAAGAAUUUCGAAUUCUCCUAUGGGAAGCACUACACAAGACAGUGCCGUUCCUGUAACGGCGCAUCCCCGUAAAUUCCCAUGAAUCUAGCGCUGCCCUUUGGUUCUGCACUCAGCCUCUUGAACGUCGAUAAAGAGGGAUCUCGCAAAGCCCAGUAUUAUUCGCGUUCUGUGGUUACCCAAACUUCCCCGGGCCUGGUAUAAAAUUUCGACCUCAUUAAUACGUUGUCAGGGCGACAGAUGAAUACUCUUUCCGCAUGGAUCUUCAGCCUGAGUGUGCUGCCUAAGAAAUGGCGGAAAGUCCAACCGGAGACAGAAACGUCGGGCGCGACAUACCUGGAUGUAGACUCCAAUGAUAAUGAACGCCCAGUCGACCUUACUGCGAAGGUCAUGAAGGAAUUGGCUUAUGCUACUGCCCAGGGCAGUUUCGGUGACGUAUGGAAAUGCAUGUUCUCAGACAAAGAUAGAAAUGUGGAGGUGGCGGUUAAAUCUGUCAGGAUCGAAAUUCAGGAUGACAGUUUCAAGAAAAUCGUCAACGAGAGGUUAAUGGACGACUUCUGCAAGUGGAAAUUACUGCGCCACGAUAACAUUCUUUCCUUGUACGGGAUUACCUACGGAUUUGGUCCAGUACCAGCUAUCGUAUUUCCAUGGAUGACCAACGGAUCCUUGAGCACGUAUCUUGGUAAAAACUAUGAUAGUCUCUCUGGGGCUCACAAGUUCAGUUUGCUUGCUGAUGUAGCUGCUGGUCUUCAAUAUCUCCACUCUAAGGGGGUAGUUCAUGCGGAUCUCACAGGUAACAAUGUACUCAUCAACAGAGACGGAAGGGCUCUUGUAGCAGACUAUGGACUCUUGACUACAUGUUCCGACCUGAACGGGACCUCUUACAUCAGGAGUAACGUACGAUGGGCUGCGCCUGAGCUCUUCGAAGUUCCGGACACCGAGGAUGCAUCUAGCUCGCCGAGACUAGAAAGUGACAUUUACUCAUUUGGAUGCAUCGCAUACCAGGUUUUAUCGGGCAAGGAGCCGUACUGUAACAUUCGCAGUGAUCACCAGGUGGUUGUGGCCAUCCUCAAAGGUGUCAAGCCUAAGCGUCCAGAUAUGCCUGCUAUUGAAGAUUGUCACUGGAACUUUAUCGAGCAAUGUUGGGUUGAGUCAUCACAACGACCUCCUAUUGUUGAUGUCCGAGAUUUAAUGUCUUGGUUAGAGAAUGUCAGGAGGAAGCUGUUGUGGUGGAGAAGCAGCCCGUCUGUCGUGAUAGACACCACCAGUGAUAGUGGGAUAGAUCCUGACAACCACCUGCCCGACCUUACGGGAUUCGUAUCCAAGGACUCGCCUCAUCCAAUAGCGCACGGCAGUUUCGGGGAUGUGUGGAAAUGCACCUAUGUCGCAUACAACCGUCCAGGCUUGGAGGCAAGCAUGCUACACGUGGCAGUCAAAUCUAUAAGGAUCGAUGUCGCAGGUGACGAAUUCAGGGCCCGAGUUACUCAAAGACUCUUGGGCGAUUUUCGUGCACGCAAGCAUCUGCAUCACGAAAAUCUUUUGCCUCUGCUCGGUUUCAGUGACAAAUUUGGGCUACUUCCAGCGAUGGUUUCUCCCUGGAUACACAACGGCCCGCUCACUACAUAUCUUGAACACCAUUUCACAGAAUUAACCAUCAAACAAAAGCUCCUGAUCUUGCGACAAGUCGCUGCAGCCAUCAGCUACCUCCACUCGAAGCGCAUUGUCCACGGUGACCUUACCGCCAACAACAUUCUGAUAGAUUCGGACCGCAAUGCCCACGUAGCAGACCAUGGAAUUCUCACAAUGUGUUCUGAUCUCUCAGGGACUUCAUACAUCAGAAGCAACGUGCGGUGGGCUGGGCCAGAGCUCUUCGAGGUGCCAGAGAGCGAAGAGUCAUUGACUCCACAACCUGCCAGCGAUAUUUAUUCCUUCGGAUGCAUCAUGCUUCAGGUUAUGACAGGCAGACCACCCUAUGCAGACGUGCGGAGCGAUCACCAAGUAAUUGUCCUGAUACUGAAGGGCAAGAAGCCCACAAGACCAUCGAGUCCGCACGACGCAGAUUCUUUCUGGGAUUUCAUCGAAAAAUGCUGGGGUGAUAUAGGGCGUCGCCCCUCUGCCCUUGAUGUUCUGAACUUCUUAGGAUCAGAUCAUAUUACUGCGCUAGUUAAACAAACAGAGAGCUGAUUGAUCGCCGGUCGAUUUAUUAUGGACAUCACUUUUACGUUGAGGUUUCACGGUGAUGAGGCCUUGAGGCAUGAUUUAGUACAUUCCUAUUAUAUUUGUAUAGAUUGGUGCAGUUGUAUCUACUCAACAUUCCGACGCAUGACUGAGUGAACAUUUUUCUUUUAAAGAAAAAUCCAUAUUUGUUGUCC